UUCUAUAUAAGCACACUUUUAGGUUUUCCAUAGGGCAAGAAGUUUUGUGUUCUGAAAAAAGAGUGAAAGAAAGGAUGGAGUUAACUAAGUUAAGGGCACUUAUUUUGAUAUUAGUUGUUUUUGUAGACCAGUCAAAUGCCUCCUUAACUAACUUUAAGGAUUGCUACUCAAAAUGCUUUGUAUUCUGCUUAAUUGAACCUUCUCAAAAUCUCUGCACUUGCACUUCUAGAUGCUUAAAAGAAUGCAUCUUUAAUUCAGGUUCUGAUAAUAGUAGUAGUACUUCUACUGUCACAGCCAGUUCAAACAAUGAUGUUCGACUUCAACCAGACAGUAAAAACCUUAACUUCUGCAAGCUAGGUUGUGCCUUCUCUACCUGUUCUACUCUCAGCUCAAAACAUCAACCUAAUGGAGGAAAAAUGGAUGACUGUGUUGGAUCCUGCUCAAGAAUGUGCACAAGGAACUACUCCUCACCUUAGAAGUGGCACUGCUACUGUCUGGAGUAUUUUAUAUUUUUAUGGGACUUUAUUAUCCUCUUCGUUUUUCCUUAGCUUUUCUUUUUUUUGUCUUUUUGCAGUUCCCAUUUUUCUUUUUUGUUUCUUUUAUUAUCUUGUUUUCCAGUAUGGGAAAGUAAUUCACAACUGUGUGUUUCUGAAUU